AUGGAGGCGCACGUUCAGCGUCUUGUCGACAAGACAUGGGAGAAGUUCUCCGACUGUGACCUUUCUCAACGGCUCCUCAUCGCCGUCGCAGGGAUCCCUGGGAGCGGCAAAACCACGCUGGCGGCAUCGGUCGCGCGCGGGCUGAACAAAGCCUACCGGCAAUCCCGGCACGCGCAGUUCCCCAACAGCCCCGAGUCGGACACGUCGUGGCCGGACAUCGCGAUCGUGGUGCCGCUGGACGGCUUCCACCUGACGCGCAGACAGCUCUCCGCGAUGCCGAACGCCGAGGAGGCCAUAUUCCGGCGCGGGGCGGCCUUCACGUUCGACGCUGACGGCUACCUCGACCUCGUGGCGCGGGUGCGCCGGCCCAUCACGCCCGAGACGCCGACCGUGUACGCGCCCAGCUUCGACCACGCCGUCAAGGACCCCGUGGCCGACGACGUGGCGAUCCCGCCCACGGCGCGCAUCGUGCUCUUCGAGGGCCUGUACACGGCGCUGGACGCCGACGCGUGGCGCGACGCCCAUCGGCUGAUGGACGACGUGUGGUUCGUCGACGCCGACAUCGAGACCGCCACGCAGCGCGUCGCCGCCCGCAACUUCGCCGCCGGCAUCACCGACACGUUCGAGAAGAGCCUCGAGCGCACAGAGGCGAGCGACAUGCGCAACGCCCGCGAGAUCCUGGAGAAAAGGCUCCCCGCGAACGAAGUCGUCCCCAGCGUCGAGGACGAGGCGUGGGCGAGGAGCAAAGAACUGGUGCGCGUCGACGGUCAACUUCAGGGAGUGGAUGUCGUCGUCGACGACGACGACGACCAAUUGCGAGGACAGGUACAAAACAACAACAACAACAACAGCGGUCACGGUGACGGCAAUCACGAGGCCGACGCCGACGACGACGAGUCCGUAUCAGAAGAGUUCAGACAACAGAGAAUGAUGAGGAUGGACAGCAUUGCUGCGUUGGCGGCCGAUGGCGUUGGUAUGUAG